AUGACUGAACAAAAUGAUAAAGAGCAAUCAUCACACCAACACCAUGACAAUAAUUUGAUUAUGAAGGAGGAAGAAUCAAUUGAUCGAGAAAAUAAUUUACAAACAAUUUUGGAGCAACAAGAAGAACAACAGGAAUAUUCGGAAGAAGUGGACGAAAAUACUAAUAAUAAUAGGACAAAACAACAUGUAGUUUCCGAUCAAGUAUCAAGUGAUGAUGAUAAUAAUAAUGGAAUUAAAAAAGGCAUGUUCGGAAGAAGAGCAUGGGAUGAUCAUACCUAUGAACAAAGAGCAAUGGAUAGAAUGAAUAGAGGAGCCAAUUUUGAUUCGGAUGAGAAGAGAAAGCCUAGCAUUUCUAGAUCGGAGGCACUUCAAAGAAAGCCACUCGAAGCUAGAGAAGGUAAACUGCUAACUGAUAACCAAGUGGGAAAGAAGGGUAUUGUUGAUGUUACUUCCGAUGGAAAACAAUUAUUACCAAAUUCCAAAACAAAGGUAAAAUCAAAACAAAAGGAAGAAUCUGUAGAUCCAACCAAGAUGGCUGGCUUUUAUUGCAAAGUAUGUGACAGGAAUUUUAGAGAUUCACAUGCCUAUAUCGAUCAUUGCAACACAAAAUCUCACUUAUCAAGGAUGGGAGUCUCCAAUAGAGCUGUUAAAGCAACAGCUGACGAUGUCAAACAAAAAUUACAAGCUAAAAUUGCUGCUAAAAAGGCAAAUGCUCAAACUAAAUAA